AGUUUUUCUCAAAUUUUUGAUACAACACUAAGGUCCAUUUAUAAGAUGCUUUCCACGAAAUCGGAAUCGAACAUUACAAGUCUUGUGGCUUCUUCUUCAUCGCCUACACGAUCUUCAAAACGCGACUUCUACUACACGCAGAGCCCGUCACGUGACUCAUCCAGGGCGUCAUUUAUACAGCCGAGCCCGAUGGACUCACCCACACACGAUUCUUCUUCCUCUCUAGGCCGUCACUCUCGAAACUCAUCGGCAAGUAAGUGCAGCUCCGACGAGAAAGACUGGCGCCACGAACGUAAGAUUUUACUCGAAGAAGGUACGUACUACGAUGAAAUUGACGACGUGGCGUCUAUAAGAAGGUGUCAAGCACUACUUGCCGUUUUCUCUGUCGUGGUUAUUUUCAUCAUCUUCUGCUUUAUCGUUCGGGGAGCUUGUUUACCUUACAAGGCUCAAAUCUCUGUACAGACAUUCGAACUACACAACUUUUACGUUGGUCAAGGAACAGAUUUCUCUGGAGUACCAACCAAAGUGCUGACAUCGAAUGGAACAUUAAGAUUUCGUAUUUACAAUCCUGCCCCAACAUUUGGUGUUCAUGUUACUUUCACCCCAAUCAAUCUCUUCUUCUAUCAACUCCCUAUCGCUACCGCUGAAAAACCAUUAUCAAUCGAAGAAGAGCCGAAAGAUAAUGGUAGAAAAGUCAUGUUAUAUGGUGCCGGAGCAAGCCUAGAGGCGACGGAUAGUGGCGGAAAGAUUCCGUCCAAACAAGGGGAGAUGUGGUCGGAAAAUUGGUUAGAGUUUGGCACACAAAGCGAAUCUCAUGCAAAUUUGACAUCGAUGUUGCUAUUACUAAGCCCAUACCGCUCAAGGAUGGUUCUUGCAGCUAUUCAUGAUUCUUACUAUAUCUAUUGA